AUGUUCGGCUCUCAAAAAGUUUCUUCCAGGCGCAGCAGAGCACAAAGUGUUGCCAGUGAUGAUGAAUCACCAGACAGCCAGCUUCACAGGGAGAUGGACAGGGCUGAGGAAGAUGAAAACUUCGAGUCUAGCGAGGAAGAUAGCCGGCCUAUUUCCGACAGUAAUAUUAUUCUCAGUGAAGAUCCUUUCGGCAAUGAGGACAGCCAGAAAUUGUUCGAGUCAAUUGACAAACUUCGAAAGUGCGGUGCAGGUCAAGAUCUCGAUAUCCCCCAACUUGUCAUUGUCGGCAAGCAAUCUGCUGGAAAAUCAUCUUUGUUGCAAAGCUUAACGGAUAUUCCUUUCCCAGUCGGUAGCAGGCUUUGCACUCAAUUUGCUAUGCGAAUUGUUUCUCGACGUACUUCUCCAGGAAGCAAAGACAAGAUAUAUGCCUCGAUAGAAUCGGGCGAUAUUAACCCAUUUUCUAUCAGAGACGAUGACAGUCGUAUCAAAGAUUUUGGAAGACUGGUCUCGGACUUUACCCCUGAAACGUUUGAUGAUCUUAUUGAAGAUGCCAAAGAGGCUAUGGGAAUCACAUCAAAUGGUACCUCCGAAGAUAGAAACUAUUCUAGCAAAGUUUUGAAAAUUGAACUUUCUGGUCCUAAUCGUUCUCACUUUGGUAUUCUCGAUCUCCCUGGCGUUUUCAAUGCUGAAAUUGGUGGCGUUUCUCGACGAGAGAAAGAUGGUGUGACGAAGAUGGUGACUUCGUAUAUGAACAAGCCGGAGAACAUUAUUAUAUGUGUGGCCGAUGCAUCUGGCGAUAUUGCAAAUGAGAACAUCCUCCCAUUGGCAAGAGACAUUGAUAGCUCAAGGAUCGUUGGAGUGUUUACAAAAUGUGACAAAGCGGACCCUCCAGUCGAUAUUGUCAAUCAUGUAAAUAAUCCUGAUGCUAUUGGUGGAAAGCGCCGCAGAUGGUACGUGGUUCAAAAUCGACCAGCCAGAGCUGGUGUUGCUUACGACCGCGAGCAAGAGGAAGCUGCCCUUUUUAACCAAGACCCUUGGUUGGAUAUUCCAGAAGACCAACGGGGUACCGCCAUGUUGAAGAAGUACUUGGCAACUCUUCUUUGCAGACGUAUUCACGAUGCUUUUCCCGGAAUGCUCAAUAUGAUCACAAAGCUUCUCGAUGCUGAGAAACUUCGUCGAAAAGGCAUGGGAGAGCCACGGGUUGACCACCUCCACAAGCAAGAUUAUCUCGUGAACAUCGUGGAGAAAUACCGCACGCUGGCCCUUCAAGCAUUGAGGUCUCCGACAGACCUUGAGGAUGAUGACAUGAAACUUCGUGGAUUGGUCAAUGGCGAUAGGCUUGCUUUUGAGCGGGAUAUGAAAAAGAAGGGACAUCUUUACAAUUUCCUUGAAAUUGAGAAGCCCCAAAAGGUUUGCCAGCAUCUCGGCUACCUUCCUAGCGAUAAAUCGGAAGUCGAUAGCGAUGAAUCUGACCCCGAAUCCGCGCACAAGUCCUCGGAUCCUUUAUCUAACAUUUUCCGGCAAGACAACCUCUCUCCAUCAGUAAGUAACCCCGCCCAAUCAAUAACCCAGAACCUAACGAAACAGCCCUACCGCCCCCAAGGCGCAGCAAUUCGUCGCCGUGGGCUCUACACACCCUCUCAAUCUCCUUCUCAUCCCCGCGAGCAAAAGCCUACGCACACAAAAACUAAACGUAACCCCCUCUACGAUUUGAUCCGCGCUCAAAUUGAAACGGAUCGCGGCGAAGAGCUCCCCGGUAUGGUGAACCCCGCAAUUCUAAAGCCACUCGUGCGGAAACAGACCGGUAAAUGGCAGGCUUUGGGUGAUGAAUAUCUUCAGCGUCUCGUUACUAUGACCACGGAUGUUUCGUUGAAGAUACUCGAGAAAGCUUGCAUGAAUGCGGGGACUACCGAGAAGACCAGAGCGGGACUUCAAGAACGCAUCCUUACCCUCGCCGAAGACUCCCGGAAAGAAGUGCUGCAGAAAAUGCGUUCGCUGUGCGGAAAUCAAGACCCUCAAAAUAAGGACCCUCUAAAAAGCAAGCCUCUGCAAACCAAUACCGAUGAUUUCCUGGGCAAAGUCAGACAAGCGCAGAUGAUGCGCUUCAUCAACGCUCUACAGCGUUACAGAACAUCCAACCCAUCAUCAACUUUCGUCAGUAGCUUAAUAAAAAAUGGCUCUGCGCUUGCCACUGGACCAGAAAGUUAUGAGAACUGGGCAGUAGUUGAUGAGAACAGUAUCGGAAGUCUAUUCAACGAAAUCCAUUACGCGGGAGACCGGCGCGAGAACGUCGAAGAUGAGAUCCACGAUCUGCUAAAAGCGUACUAUGAAAUUGCACUCAGCAACUUCAUCUACGACGUCGGCAACAACAUCACCGAACCCUUCCUGCAAGACUCGUCUGGACCGCUUCUCGGUCUGUCAACGAAGUUUGUGCUUGGCUUGAAGGCGGAGGAGAUGGAUGUGCUGGGAGGUGAGGAUGAGGGCGUGAUUGUGGUUAGGAGGGAGGCGGAUGAUAAGAUUGGGAGGUUGGAGGUUGCAAUGCGGAUUGCGAGGAGUCCGUUGGGGGAUAUCGAGGUUUAG